AUGAAUCAGUGGAAAACACCACCAAUUGAUCACUACAAGAUAAACUGGGAUGCUACCAUUGACCAUAAAAAGUGCAGGAUAGGAAUUGGCACCAUCAUCAGGAACUGGCAGUUGCAAGUUAUGGACACCAGGAGAAUGAACAAACCUUUUUUUCCUGAUCCUCACCUUGCAAAAGUAUAUGCAGCCCUGCAAUCAACACUACUGGGACUUGACAUGGGAUUGACGAAAAUCGUUCUAGAAGGCGAUACUCUUAAUGUUGUGAACAAGAUCAAUGGAGCCAAUGAAAACUUGUAUAAGGCAGGAAUGAUCAUCUUAGAUGUUAAAAACUCUCUAACAAGGUUUAAAAGUUGGCAAGUAAAGCAUGUCAACAAAUCCUCAAACAAAGUAGCGCAUUGUUUAGCUAAGGAUGCACUUAGUAAAGACGAUGCAUGUGUGGAACUUGAGGAGUUCCCAAGUUGUAUUGCUACUAUGCUUUGA